AUGAGCUGCACCAGCAGCAACAUGCGGCGAACGGCGUCACGACUAGACAAAGUCGAGGAGGCGAUGCCUGCUUCACCGUCGAUGUCUUCCUCACUCUCCGACACGCCCGCGAUACUUGAGUCUCCCACCUCGAUGACAGAAUUUCACGAAAUGUCCACGAAGCUUGCCACGCCGGCCGUGCCGCCUACGCGUCGACACUUGCACCGACGACGACGACUGGAGCCGCACCUGGACCAUCAUCUUACUGACCGACUCGAAUUGUUAGCUCGAUACCUGCAGAGGGCGUCCAAGAUCACUAACCACGAGGCCUUGCACACCCAAGCACAGAGAUCCAUCGACGACCUGCUAGACAACAUCCACAACUUUUUCUCCGCCUAUGAAGCCGAGAAGCGCCCGAUGUGGCGUCUGGCACAGACCGGCCGAUUAGUGCAGCAAGUCGAAAGUUUCCACCGAACGUUGGACGCCAUCACUGCUCGCUGUGGCUUAGCAGUCGUCACUCCAGGGGAAGCAGGUCCAUCGUUGCCUCGCUGGCAGGUCGAAUGCGAGCAGAGCGACUUGUGUUCUUUCGAUCCGGAUGAGUUGGAGCUGCUGGAACGUGCGUUUACUUUCAUUGCGGGUUGUUGCAACACCGCUAUGAACGUCGAACCACAGUUGCGCUUGAUGUCCUUACCGGAGUGGUUUGUUGCUCCCUAUGAAAGGACCAAGCAGAAGCUCAAGUGGCAGCGAGCUGCUGUGACUGUACAAAAGACACCGCAAAGUAUGACCUCGCACGAAUGUUUUACGUUGGCAAGCACGUGGUCUCGACUACAACACCCUCGUAUUAUGAAACUGUUCGGCGCGUGUCAUGUAAGUCGAAGGCGGUUUUUCGUGGUAGCAGAAGGCACGCCUUUGACUCGGUGCUUUGGUGACGAUGGUUUCCCACUGUGGCGAGCACUACACGAGGCUGCGUUAGCCCUGCGUUACCUCCAUGAACGACGCGUUGGCCUUGAUUACCUGUCGUGCGCUGACCUUGUAUUAUUCCGCAGUGGAGAUCGGGAUGCCGUUAUGCUUGCAGGCUUCAAUCUAAAGAAAAUGAAGUCUGCGUUAGAUUCCUCAACUAGCAAGUGGACACAAGAUGAAGACCCGGUGCUGGAGGAUGACGACAGUGAAGCUGGCUACGAUGAUGUUGAUAUAGUGCGUCAGGAUCGCGAAGCUGACUCAAAAUUACAGGUGUUGCCGGAAGAAACUCGCGAGGGGUCAACAAAAAAGAAUUGGCAAGCACCGGAGCUGAAGAGAAGAGAGACUUUGGGGCCCACAGAAGCGUCCGAUGUUUUCGCUUUGGGAAUGUGCGUGAUCGAGGCCUUUUCGAAUGGGGACGUGUGGGGUAUCAAUGCAGAGAGGUACCAGAACGAUGACAAUAUUCAUGGCAAGAGGACUUCAAAGAACGAAAUGCCACCGAGACCAGCUGCUCUCAGUGACACUUGGCAAUGGGCUUUGGUGGAGCGUAUGUGUUCCCAUGAUCCUCAGACCAGACCAUCUCUCACUGAAGUAUUGACCAGCUUUCAAGUCUGUGCAGAAGAUGAGGAAAAGGCUAACACAGACCUCUCGUCUACUAAGCGGAGAAGGAAACUCCGUCCGCAUUCUCUUCGUCAGACCCAACCACGGGCAACGUCAGCUUCGAUUGCAUGCGCCCUCAGCGAGAUUCAAGCGUGGUGCGAUGAGGCUUCCGAAAGCUCAGCUCUAAACCACCAGGUGUACGAGCGAAUGGACGACAUUGCAGCCCGACUUGAAGCAAUGGACGCAAGCGUCGCAAUCUCACACCUGCCAGUGUUAGCUGCACUGGUUGUUCGCUUUCGGAGUUUCCUUCAGCGGCAUGUUAACGAGAAUCCGCUAAUGAGACUUGCAGCUACUCGUCAAGUCAUUGAAAUGAACGUCGAGUUGCAUGGAGAAUUGGACGCUUUAAUGGAUCGCCUCCGGUUUAAUCGCUCCGGUGCUUCCAUCCACUCGUGGACUUCACAGCAAGCUGUCUAUCGUGCGCAACUGUGGAAACGCAUGCGUCUGUCUUUGGAGAUAGAUACUCAAACGUUGAUUAGUAAGCUAGAUGGCGAACAAGAGCUUUCGUUAUUGGGAACUUUAUUGGCCUUCGAAGCAAAGAAACGGAAGGCAAGUUACUCGGAUGAGCACCUGGAGCUGCUGCAGACUGCGGUUGUUAGGGUGGAAGAGACGUAUCAGUCCGGAUCGGCGCUUCCGUCCUGGUUUAUCCCACCGUACGAAGUGCUUUUCAAGGAAUUGGAUGCUUUUAGUCGAGGGGCCUUGGGUUCUAUUCAUUUUGGCAAGUGGCAAAACUUGGAUGUGAUGGUCAAGAAAGUGCUCACACCUGAAGAUACGGAGGUCACUAUGCCUCUUCGUGGUGCCAAGGAGCCAGCGAUAGACCCGUCCCAACGGUUUAUCGAUGAAAUGUCGACCUGGUCGACGCUGGAGCAUCCCAAUGUGCUUAAAUUAUUUGGCGCUUGUCAUGUUGGCCAGAAUCGAUUUUUCUUGAGUGAAUACGCAGCCCAAGGAACUAUCGAUAGUUUUGUGGCAUCCAAAGUCGACAAGGAACGCGGUGCUUGCGCUCGACGAAUGCUACAUGAUGCAGCACUAGGAUUGCACUAUUUGCAUACACGCAACAUCGUCCACAUGGACCUCAGGUGCAGCAACAUCCUCGUCGAUUCGCAAGACGUCGUCAAACUCGCCGACUUUGGGCUCAGCUCUCUUAAGAGCACGGAAAACUUGAAUGACGCGACGAUCACCCAAACUGAAAUCGGAUCCCGGUGGAUGGCACCUGAGUGUCUUUCCGGCGAAACGCCUACCUUCGCAUCAAACGUCUUCUCAUUUGCCAUGUGCGCUAUCGAACUUGUAAGUGGCGAGCUGCCGUGGGGCUCCGAGAUGACAGACGCAGCGGUCCGCUCAAAAGCUCGCAAGGGUCUGCUACCACCACGCCCUGAACAUUGCUUCUCCGAUUCUGAGUGGGCUCUUAUCGAGCGGAUGUGCUGCUAUGAUCCGAAAGAGCGCAUUACUAUGAGUGAGGUCAUACGAAUGCUAAUGUAA